CUCUGCAGGGCUGCGGCUCUUCAGGACCGGAGUUCGCCACUGCUGGUGUAGGCUAACAAAAAGACCGUGACUCGGUAUAAAUCAAUCUGGAUGCUAGACAUUUUGAGCACUGUCAGACUUAGAAGUGAAGUUUUGGAGUCGUAGUUUUUCAAGUUUAGGAAAGGAUGAAGUCUAAAUUAUCUGUCGGUAAAACAAACGGAGUGUUUUAUAACGUUACUUAUAUUUUUAAUCGUGGAGGAGGAAAUAUUUCCCCUUUUUACUUUAAUACUUUUAGCUCGGUGGGGAUGUGUGAAAACAAACUGCCUCAAAUGUUACGCUAGAAACACCUCAGCCUUUCCAAAAGGGUCUUGUAUAGAAAGUUUAUUUGCCAAGUAAAGUUUAUUUGGCGAAUAAAACAACCCACUCAGAGCACAGAUUUAGCUUUAGAUCAAGAAAUCCUCUCACACAGCUGUGGUUUCGCUAGCCGGUGUGCUAGCCUCCACCUCAGCCCUCAGAAAUGUCGAAUAUCUUCAACGAAGCUGUGACUUGAUUGAUUAAAGAUGUAAAGCCCGGAUUGAAAAACCUUAAUAUCGUCUUUAUAGUUUUGGAGAUCGGUCGGGUGACGAAGACAAAGGACAGGCACGAGGUGCGCUCGUGCAGGGUGGCGGAUAAGAGCGGCAGCAUCGCCAUCUCUGUGUGGGAUGAGCUGGGCAGCCUCGUCCAGCCCGGGGACAUCAUCCGCCUUACGAGAGGGUAUGCUUCAAUCUGGAAGGGGUGCCUUACACUGUACACUGGACGAGGAGGAGACUUGCAGAAAAUAGGAGAGGUAAAGAACAGCGGGGAAUUUCUCCACUGAAUCAAAAUGCAGGUACUCCUGCACAGACAGGAAAUGGUACUGUGCCAGUAUUUCUGAAUAACAGUGCUGCACCUGUGCCUCGGGAUCCCAAUUUUGGGGCUCCAAGAAGACCAAACGGGUGUGUUCCAGGCAAUGGGCCACCCUCAGUAACUGCAGGGGGACCCGCUGCUCCACCCAAUCCCACAGUUACCAUUAGCAAUGGCAGGGACCCAAGAAGGGCUUCAAAGAGAUGAGACUGCAAAACAACUUCGAUGUUCCCACUCCUCACUAAAAUCCUUCCACAAACCAAUACACAAAACAAUGCUGCCAAUCAAGAGAUACAAGGUUCAGUGCUACUGUUUUGCCACCUGUGCUUUUUGCUUUGUCAUGUGCCAAUAUUUGCGUGGUGAUUAUUUGAUAAUCUCAAAAGUUUAGAAUUCAACUUGUCACAGUUCAAAUUUGGCAUACUCGUUGCCUGUUGAGUGCCGGUUCAGUGGCCCACCAUUUUCCUAUCCCUAAAUGUGUUGUUGAACUAUACACCCUACUUGAACACAUGAUGCACUUUCUGCUGUUAAUUUAUAGUGAAUGCAUUGCCAUGUGAUUCAGGAAUUAUUGACUGCUGUUGCAAAUUGGGAAAUUAACUUCAAAGUGACUAACUUCAGUCAUGGCCAAAAGUUUUGGCAGUGACAUACAUUUUGUGUUUUGCAAAGUUUGCUGUUUAAACUGUUGUGGU